AUGUUCCCAGUUAAAGUUGAACUCCUGCUUUACUGCUAUGCUAUCGUUGCAUCUUCGACCUCGCUCGAACUGUUCAACUACGUUCAUUACGUGGUCGAACACUUGACAAGCUUUGAACCAGACACUCAAACGUACGUGUUUUGCGACCUGUCGUCAAAGUAUUCCUUCGACGGAAUCAUGCAUCAACUGCUGACAUCUCCUCGAUUGGAUCACGUUACGAAGUUGCUCAUCAACAGUUCGUUUUCCACUGCUGGGCAGUUCAAGUGGUUCAAGACUAACAGCGAAACGUUUACGGAUGUCCCCAACUUGAUUGUGCUGCACGUUGGACGGAAUCAGUGGAGGGACGAGGAACCGAUGUUCUACACACUGCAAUGCUUUCAGCAGAACACUAAGGUGUUGGUGCUGGUCGACUACAGGUUUCGACGGAACUUUGAGAUCACCAGUUGGAUUUUGAGUAAGUUGUUGAAGUUCAACAAGGUUGUUUAUCUGGAUAUUAGGAAGGUCUUGGUGAUUUGGACGGACAUUGAUGGGAAGCUGGCAAAGGUUUCAUCGCACUACUCGGAUCCGAACAAGCUGUUCCAGGAUUCUACUCGUAACUUGGAUGGUCGAAACGUAACCUACACCUGGAAGCAACAUAAGGGCGUAUUGAGGUCAAUGCAGCUUGACCCAGUCGUUCGUUGGGUUAAAGAAACGGCAGAGUACCUUCAAGGUCGUGCUCAACCGCUGAAGAAUCCCUGCCCAAUCUCUGCAAAACUAUUUGACGAGUGCUACAUGAGGCACCUAGCAUCGGGCGAUGUUGAUCUUUCCAUCGAUUCGGUCGACUUGGCUGAAAAUCCCCAAAUCGGAGAUUUGGUCAUCAACGGAACCAUCGACUAUCAGGACUUGGACGGUGUCAGUGCGUACAACAUCGACGUCAACUGGUUGCACUACAUGGCGCAUGUUCCAUAUCUGGACUACUAUCGCCGUCAAAGGGGUUACUGUUUGCUACAGGAAACUCUGGGAAGUGGCGUCAUCGGUUAUUACACGGCACAUCGGAUGCCAUUAUACGAACAAUUUCGUCAAUCACUUGAUGUUUUUGAAGAGGCUGGAAUAUUUGCACACUGGAGAAGGGAAUACUUUAACUCACGGCGAAGUCCUCACCUAAGUUCCAGCAACAUCGUUCACCAAAGUUGGCUAGCUCUAAAUCUGGAUGACGUUAUACUGGCAUGGAUUGCACUGGCCAUUGGAUUCAUCUUGGGAGGAUUUGUGCUAACCUUGGAGAUCUUAGAACGCAAGCUGUUGACCAAGAAGUCGAAGGUGCACUCCGCAGAACCGUCGGUGAAAGGUGGAACGGACGUCAAACUGUCCUUCCAAGACCAUUAA